CUGUAACGUACCAACGAUAAGACGUGAUAACAGUUGUCAGUUAAAAAAAACGAAAAUAUUGUUUAAAAUAAUUUAUUUAGUAUUGACAAUGCUGUUUAGACUUCUCACUUCAGUGUUCGCUCUAUUAACAUUUAAGAAAGGAAACCCUAAAAUUGAAAUACGAAAUAUUCGACUUUGUUAUUAGUAAUUCUGGAUCUUCACACUAGUAAAUUCAUUGAACUAACGGAUUUUUAUAAUAAAAAAAACAUUUGGUAAACUGUAAAUGUAACGAACCAAAUGUACCCGUCACAGUAGGUUUGUAAAACGCUAAAAUGUCUGAGUUUGAAUACACGGAAUCAAGUGGAAAUGACUCUAGUAGUGACGAAGACAUACCUAUAAUUCCAAUUAAAGGCAAAAUAGAUAACACGGCAAAAAUAUCAAAGGAAUUACAUUUAUGUUAUUCAAACUUAUUCAUUGAUUGCUUUAACGUAUUGGACACCUUUGUUAAAAGUCGAGUACUGACGUAUUCUUCAUUUUUGAACACAUUUAUUUCUACAAAUUUUCAUCAUAUAUAUGCUAAACGUAAAGGUAACCAAAAAAAUCUAUUUAUUUCACCACAUCAUUACAUCAUGAUAGCUCAAGAAUCAUUGGCUGCUGCAUCGAAAUUUUUACGAUCAAAAUGUAAAGACGUACGCAUUGGAGCCGUAUAUCUGUUGUACACAAUAUACAAAACACAGCCAUUAAAACAAUACCAACUAAACGUGAAAAUGAAACCCAUUGAUUAUAAAGCAACAAUAGAAUUAGUCAAACAAUGUACAAAUGAAGGAUUAUUGUACCCUGCCUUUUGCUUUUACGAACUUGAUUACAAACGAAAAAUAACAAUAACAGUCAGCACUAUAAGUCCUUGCUUAGAAGCUAGUUACCCAAGAAAGUCUGUGAGAAAAUUAAUGGGACGAACUGCUGAAAAGUAUUUUAAUCUUGAGUACGAAGAGCGUGCAGAGUUAGAUUUUGGGAAACUACAAUUGAUGGAAAGCCAAUUACGUACUGAGUCAUCAUACAUAAAAAAAUUGGAACAAUUGGUUUUAGGUACUGAAACAAUACACGAAUACAAGUCUGAUCUUACUCGUUCACUAGAGGCUAUUAAAGUCUCAAAAAAAUGUAAUACUACAGUUAAAGAAGAUGACUUAGAAUUAUGUUCUAAAAUUAAACGGUAUAAAAAUAAAAAAAAUGUAGCUUUCCCGGGCAAAAAUGAAGAUGUACUCGAAGACAUGAUUACUACAGCACAAUUACAAACAGAAACAUCGGCCAGCUGCAGUCGUAAAGAGAAUACAAAACAUUUGAGAAAAAGAAGAAAAAUUGGCGGAAUUGAAAAAACUAAAACCACGCUACAAAACCUAAAAUCUGAACCUAGCGCAUUGACAGCUUUAUCUGACUUAAGCGACUCGAGCUCUAGUACAGAAUCUGAGAUGUCACAAUGCAGCAUGGAUAGCCUGGAAAACCAAAAGAAUGAUGAUCUUAUUCGGCGUGUAUUGGAAGCAAGUGAUAGCGAUGAAGCCAAUCACAGCAGUCAAAUCUAAAUUUAAGUUCUAUAUAUUUUUUAUUGAUGUUUUGUUCAUUUUGUUAAGUUUAAAAAAUCUUAAAAAUGUAUAAUUACCAGCUUCCUCGAUAGUUACCAUAGUAUUAUUUCCAAUAACAUCAGCUAAUUUUUAGAAUAAUUGUUUAGCCUAUUUGAAAGUCUCGAUUUUAAUCACCAUUCCUUUAAACUAUAAAUUUUCUUAACCAUUGUAAAAUUAAAAUCGUUUGAUAACUAGUAACUACUGAACUGAUUCCUACGUUUAAUUCCUUGAAUAAAAGUUUUUGACAGAAUGUUAGAAGAACUAAGUUUUCUGAAGUAAAGAGAAUUAGUUGAUACAAGCGGAUAGGCGAAAUAUUUUGUUACUAGGAAAAUACAUAAAAAUCGAGCCAAAACUAUACUUAUAAGUACACAUGACCAACUCAUGGGAGACUUCGUUUUAUAGUCACACCAUAAUUUAUGUAUUUCUUUGAAAUACUUUUAUUAUGCACAUACCAUGUAUAAUACAUUUUUUUAAAUCUAAAUUUAAAUAAAAAAAUGUAAUUUGUUUUGUCGAGUCUCAAAAAAAGUAAUCAAUAUUGAAAUAAAUAUAAAAAGUGUAAUUUCUGU